GGGUGCCAGGGAGAAAGUGGACGGGGCUCCUCGCACGGACCUGAGUUUUUAUGACCCAGGAGGUUGAAUUUUGAUUUCUUUCUUACAAUUCCGCUGCAAAGAGAGCGUGUUUUUGUCAGUCUUUAAACUGCAGUUCAACAGAGGCAACAUGGCGGCCAAGAAAAACGCGAAGACAGCGAAAGCCAAAGAUGGCGCUAAACCAGUGAUGGCCAAUAGGAAUGGAAAGAAGGCGGAGUCUAGCUCUGGGGGCGGGAGCUUCUUCACCUGGUUCAUUGUGCUGGCUCUGCUUGGAGUAUGGACCUCUGUGGCUGUGGUCUACUUCGACCUGGUGGACUAUCAGGGGGUCCUCGACAAGGCUAAAGGCAUUCAAAUUAACCUGUCUGAGGCCUUGCAAGGUAAACUGGUGGCCUACGACACAGACGGAGAUGGUGACUUUGAUGUGGAAGAUGCCAAAAUCCUUUCAGGUCUGAAGGAGAAGGCUGUGCUAGUCCAGACUCGUGAGGAGACUGCUGCUCCUGUGGAGGCUGUACCCGAGGAACCUGCUCAAGAAGAGGUGAUGGAGCCUGACCCUGUGCUAGUGGAGGAAGUGAUCCAGGCGUCUGUGGCAGAUGACACCGCUGCCCCUCCAGAGCCUGAGCCUGAAGCAGCAGAGCCAGAGCCUGAGGUGGCUGAGCCUGAGCCUGAGCCAGAGCCAGAGCCAGAGGAGGUGAUAGAGGAGGAGCCAGAGGUCCUGGAAGAGGAGCUUCCAGCUGUGGAGGAAGAGCCAGCUGAGGAGGCCGCUCCAGUAGAGGAGGAGCCAGCAGCAGAAGAGCCCGUAGCUGAGGAGGCUGAAGAACCAGCCUUGGACCAGAUGGUGGAGGAGCUCACUCAACAGGUGGAAGCCGCCCUGGAGGAGGCUGCUGAUGCUGCAGAGGUUGAGGAGGAAGAGGAGGCACCACCAGCAGAAGAAGAGGCUGUGGAGGAGGAACUAGCUGCAGAAGAUGAAGUAGUAGAGGAGGAGGCCCCAGCUGUUGACGAGGAAGCAGUAGAAGAGGCUGUUGAAGAUGUUCCAGAAGUAGAAGAAGAAGCUAUGGAAGAGGAGGCCCCAGCUGAUGAAGCACCUGCUGAGGAGGAGGUGCCUGAAGCUGAGGAACCUGCCGAGGAACCUGCCGAGGAACCUGCCGAGGAACCUGCCGAGGAACCUGCCGAGGAACCUGCCGAGGAACCUGUCGAGGAACCUGUCGAGGACCCUGUCGAGGAACCUGUUGAGGAACCUGCCGAGGAGCCAGUGGAGGAGCAAGUGGAGGAGCAAGUGGAGGAGCAAGUGGAGGAGCAAGCUGUUGAAGAAGAGGAUGCCCCCUCAGAAGAUGUAGCAGAAGAUGAAGCUCCAGCAGAGGAGGUGGAGGAGGAAGCCCAAGACGUAGCACCAGAAGACACAGUAGAAGACACAGUAGAAGAAACAGCAGAAGAAGCAGUAGAAGAAGUAUUAGAGGAAGUACAACAGGAAGAACAGGCUCCAUCAGAAGAAGCUGUGGAGGAGGAGGUCACAGAGGAGACAGCCACAGAAGCUGAGUUCAGUGAGACACAGGAACAGAGUGAGGACGAGCCCACAGAAACGUAGAAGCUGCAGCAGUUACCGUGGUGAUGAAGCAGGGAGCCUCACUGAGCACGCUCAGAAAACCAGCGCAUGUCUCCACCUGAGGACUGAUACUGGCGUCAUACCCCUCCCUUCUGUGUGAAUGAAUGAGUGAGUGGUGAAUGGGUGAAUUACACCUUCUUUUAAACCAGUGUUUCUGAAGUAGGCAUUUCUCCUUCCUUAAACUUCUAUAACCACUAAAGCCACCAUAUCCACACAUACACUUUACACAUCACAUUCAGCCCAAACUCAAAUCAACAUUUCAGAAACACUGCUUUUAUUUCCUUGUAGCCUAGAUCACAUGACAAAAGCAUGUGACUAAUAAAUAUUUGCCAUUUUAUGAUAAAUAUGAAAUUUUCUUACCAAGAAUUUGAGACCAAAGUGCUGCUCCAUUCAAAAUGUGAGCAGAAUUUAUUCGAAUAUUAGCAAAAAUUCAAUCAGCCAGUUUAAUCCUAUAUAUUUUGUAGUCUCUAUGCAAAACUCUUUACCACUCGGUGUGUGACGUGUGAAUUAGCCAUUAGCACGAAUGCUAGUCUGAGUGUCUUUUUGAAUGUUCCUUGUUUAGCGUUGACAAAUCCCUUCCAUCUGUGAUACUCCCCCAUUUUAACAACCUCUGUCUUUUUAGUUUUUUCAUUUUAUUGUAAUUUUUACUUUUAACAAUUUAACUAAUGCUGUUAAUUCUUACAACAAUGGACUGUGAAUUUAAAUAUGGCAAAACAAGGCAAUUUUUAAGAUUACACAUUUUUUUAGGAACAGAUUUUUUAGAGAACUGGCCUGUGCCACUUUUACACCAAAAAUCUUUCUGUAGACACCACUACAAAUUUUAGUUUUGCCUCUUUGAACAUGUUGGCUAACUCCAUGCAGGAUAAUUUCGCUAGCUACAAUUCAAAAUGGCCGAAUGUUUUUGCGCUCACGUCAUGUAUUCAGCAAUAUGAAUGAUGUCUACAGUGCUACAUCAUGUUUUGGGUUUUUUUGCUGUUAUUUAAAAUUUACGAGGAGUAGCAGUAUGGUGUCGUCUUGGUAAAUUUUGAACAACAAUUGCUUUUUUGUCUUGGUGUUCUGUCUUAGCUAAUAGGCUGGAGUUUGGAGUGUUUUGCUUGGUCCCUUUAUGUGUAAUAUCUUAUGGAAGAAUUAAUGUUUGAUAAUUCACGUAGCGGGUGGUGUAUGCCCUCAGACCUUUCUGAAUAAAGGCCCAAGCAAGCGUUUAUCUUAUUUUGAAGGAGCAGGUUGUAAACAUUCCUGACAUUUUGAUCAUGUACAAAUCGAAAAUACAACUUGACUGUUGCUUAGAAACCGCUGCACAAACUUUGAAAUAGGUUGAAAACUUUAUUCUGUUUUGUGUAGUGUCUUGUGUUAGCAGCCAUGUUUCUAUUUCAGGCUAUAAGAUUAUGGUUACAUUUGAAACUCGGUGCAUUUGCAUUUCUUGCUCUGGAAGUAAAAUUCAAAUAGAUUUUUUUUUUGUGUGUGUGUGUGAAAUAUUUUAGAUGAAUAGAAGCUUACUACUACAGUUUUAUUCAGUGUAUUUUUUUUUCUAUUUUUGAAACUUGAACAUUCUGAACACUGUAUAUUAAAUUUUGUUGUUUAUAAUGUUUCAGAAAUGGGAAAAAAAAUAUUGAAUAACAUUUUGUGUGUGAGUUAACCUAUACCUCAUCAGCUUUAUGGGGUUGUUAUAUGAUGGUGUCACUUCUGGGUCCAACUAUGAAUUUCACAGUUGAUUUCAAGCUUUGUUUUUGAAAAAGAGACCAUUAAAAUUUGUGGUUAAAGAUACACUUUUGAAAAGUAUCAGAUAUCUAAAUAAUCUAGCAGUGUGUAUUUCACUAACUGUCUGUCAGCGCUGACGCUAAUCUCUUACCUCAAUCUUGUGCACUUGCUGUCACUCACCUUGUUAUUGUUAAACAUCUAUAGUCCCUUUUUAAAGUGAGAUGUGUUGUUGCUUAAAAAAAAAAAGUUUGAAAUGUCCAUCAUGGAAGUGGCAUCACACUUAACAACCCUUUAGGCUAUCCUUUAUAUUUUUCAAAGAGUUUAUAGAAAAAAUACAUUUGAUAAUUUUAUGAAUAAUUUUACUUCUGGGGAAAGUAGUGCUUUGACAUUACUGUCAGAUUACUCAAUGUGACCAAAAACCAUUUAGAAAUAUAUAAUGGUUUUGUUUUUGUUUUAGCCUUGGCCUGGUGGAGACAUGGCUUCCAAACCUACCAGCUUGUUUGAUGACACAUUCCAGUUUCGUAGGAUGUUGUAUUAUCUUCUGUUUUUCUACUCUCCAACUCUUUGUAUGUCAAUGUGUGAUCUGUACCACCUUUUUAACUCUGGACACCUUUACCGAGAGAGAACUUCUAGAUUUUUAAACGUUUUUAAAAAAGGACUUUGGGGACGGACCGGGAACUUGCAGGAAUUUUUUUGAUUUUUACAAAGCCAUAAGCUGUACGAUUGACAGCUGUGGAAUUUGAAUCGUGACAUGAGGAACAAAAAGGCUAUGACGGAGAUGUUGGUUUUUUCCGGGUUAAUUGUGCUCCGAUUUUUGUCUGUCAGGCUCAUCUCCGUCACAGCCCUUUUCUGCAGAGGGUGGCAGACUAAACCGGGGAGUAAAUUAUUUGAAGUGAUGAUGACAAUGAUGGCUUGUAAAGUGCAGUUCGUUGUGAAGCUGCCAAUAAAGUUUGGGACAAAAUGAUUCUGA